AAUAAACCUGAUCAAAGUUCCUCUUCAGCUGCAGCUGCCUUCAUGGGCAAGUUGUCGGCGGCAACAGGGAGAACAACAUGGCCUCUGGAGACAGUUUGAGGGGGACCGCUGUACUGAUCGGCCUAUUUGCGGUUUUGACGGUGCAAGCUGUGCCGACAUUUACUGGUGAUGAUGCAGACGCAGGUGAACUUAGGGACGACAUACCUGACAUCAACAGAGGUUUAAAUCACCUGUUUGAGGGAGACAUUGCUGGGAAUCCCAGCAGGAACGCAAUCCUCGACCAAACACGACGGUGGAAGUUUCCAAUCCCUUACAUCUUAACUGAUUCUUUAGAACUGAAUGCCAAAGGUGUGAUCCUCCAGGCGUUUGAGGAAUACCGUUUGAGAUCCUGCGUGGAUUUCAAGCCAUACGAGGGAGAGUCCACCUACAUUUCCUUCACCAAGCUGUCUGGAUGCUGGUCGUAUGUCGGCGAUGAUAAAAUUGGACAGAAUGUCUCCAUUGGGGCGAGGUGUGACACUAAGGCCAUCGUGGAGCAUGAGCUCCUUCAUGCUCUGGGCUUUUACCAUGAGCAGUCUCGCUCGGACAGAGAGAACUAUGUGAAAAUCUGGUGGGACCAGAUUAUAGAAGGCAUGGAGCACAAUUUCAAUAAGUAUGAAGAUGACUUCAUCACUGAUCUGAACACACCGUACGACUAUGAGUCCAUCAUGCACUACAGGCCGCUGUCUUUCAACAAGAAUGCAAGCAUCCCCACAAUCACCACCACCAUCCCGUACUUUAAUGACAUCAUUGGUCAGCGGCUGGACUUCAGUGCUGUCGACAUCACCCGGCUCAACCGCAUGUACGACUGUGGUGAGUGUCACCUCGCCAACACACACACACUCCUUGAUCAGUGCUCAUUUGAGCUGAUCAACAUCUGUGGAAUGAUCCAGAAUGAGCACGACAACGCAGACUGGGUGCAGACGUUGAGCAGUCCAGCUGAUCCUGACCACACCCUGGUGGGCCGCUGCAGAGAUUCUGGCUACUUCAUGAAGUUUGACACAUCUUCUGGUGUGGUUGGCAACAGCGCCUUGCUAGAGUCACGCAUUCUUUACCCCAAAAGAGACGAGCAGUGCCUGCAGUUCUUUUACAAGAUGAGUGGAGCGGCCGGCGACAAACUGGUCAUAUGGAUCAGGAGGGAUGAUGGGACAGGAACUGUGCGCCGUGUCAGGAAGAUCCACACCAUCAUUGGUGAUGGAAAUGACGUUUGGAAAAUAGCCCAUGUGACUCUGAAGGUGACGGACAAGUUCCGCUAUGUCUUCCAAGGCAUUAGAGGGUCAUCCACCUCUUCGGGAGCCAUCCUAAUUGAUGAUAUCACUCUCACAGAGACCAGUUGCCCCAGUGCCGUCUGGCAGAUCCACAAUUUUAGCAGGUCUCUCACCACAGGAGCUCAGCUCAGGAGCAAGUGCUUCUACAACCUCGAGGGCUACUCAUUCGGUAUCAGUGUUCACGCAAAAGCGCCAGACUACCCAGAUUAUGUUGGCAUUACCAUGCACCUCUGCAGUGGGGAAAAUGACGCAGUGAUGCAGUGGCCAGCUCAAAACAGACAGGUGACCAUCGUUGCCAUGGAUCAGGACCCUGAUGUCAAACUGAGGAUGUCUAAUACAAGAAGCUUCACCACAGACGAUAGCGCCCGCUGGAACAGGCCCACGGCCACUUCAGAAACAGUGUGGGACGAGGAAUGCCGCUGCUUCCGCAGCCACGACUAUGGCUGGAGGACGUUCAUCUCUCACAAGCAUCUGCACAGAAGGAGCUUCCUCAAGAACGACGACCUCAUCAUUACUGCUGACUUCAAUGACUUAACCCACCUGAUCAAAAGCGAGGUGCCUGUCAAACCCGCUGUGGCAGUGGACGACAUCGCAGACGAGAGGCCAGUCAGUGAGACGGACGCGAAAGCGCAGACUCCAAAACACAGAGAAGCACGCGCCGCCGACCCCUGUCACCCCAACCCCUGUUUUAACGGUGGCGCGUGCGUGGAAAGAGGAGGAAAGGCCUCAUGCAGGUGCGCAGCAAGCCAAACCACCUACUACACUGGCGAAAAGUGUCAGGAAUCGAACGUGAACAGUGGCAUUCUGGGAGCUCUGAUUGGCGGUGCAGCUGGGACCGUAAUUCUGACGCUGGCCAUCUUCACUGUCAUCAGGAGAGCUCAGUGAUAAGUGACUCGAGAGUUUGUCCUCUGUUUUCAGUCACGGUAAACUUGGCUACAGAAAGGAAAUACAUGUAUGAGCAUAAUAUCCUGGGCUUAUCUAUGGUCCAUCCUCAGAUUAGAACUUUUUUGCUCGUU